CUCAAAGCCAAGUACAGCGAGACUGGUAAACUGGGUCGACAUUAAAGUUCUUUUAGUCCUCGUUUUAAUCCACCCAGUAUUUGUAUGAAUCGUGUCCAUUGGUCGUUUUUACAUGUAUCGUCAAGCAACAAUAAUGUUAAACUAGAGAUUUCGAGGAAGUUCUCUGAGAUCUCUUUACACCCUCAUCACUACCAAACAUUAUGAUUGAUUAUGGAAAGCGGAAUGUUGUUCCUCUAGCUGACAUCCUCUUCUAUCAGGGUGAAGAGAGAGAAAUGACAAUACACUGCCUGUGCUCCAGAGCGUACGUCAAUGAUCGAGAAUUGUAUCGGUCAGAUUUUAAAGCCAUACUGAGUCAGACUGAAAAUGGAUUGCAAGAUCUUGAAGCUAAUGAUGAGGAAGAGCUUUUGGAAGACCGUAACUGCUCUGAGAAUGAUAUAGAUGAGGAUGAAGAUGAGGAGGGGGAUGAGGAGGAGGAGGAGGAGGAGGCAGCUGUGGAUGAAGAGACUACGCUCAUGGCCAGUAUGGGACUUCCUGUGGAAUUUGCCAGCUCAUCAGUACAGAGGAGAGCUGGCCAAGUUUUUGUGAGACCGAAGAACAAAAGAGACACCAUGCCUUUGGAAACUCUCUCUGAUUAUGCUGAUACACAUGAGGAGGACUCCGAAGAGAAUAAAUGGUGUGCUGCGAUUAACGUCACUGAGAUCUCCGCUGAACAGGCAUCUCCUGCAUCUGAGGAGGCUUGGCUCAAGUACUGGAACCAGCAUGGAGAGGGCCUGCUGUGGCAGAGCUGGCUGGAGAAACACCCCGAGACCUCCAGUAGCACAGAGCAGGAUUGUCCCCGCUCCGAAACAGACUGGGAUGAGCUCUGCAGUCAAACAUACCAGUACUACUGGGAACAGUUUCACUACUGGGCCGCUCAGGGCUGGACUGUGGAUGAGUCCUACAGCACGACUGCGGUUUCUGAAGAAGAUCAGGGUGGCCGAGAAGAAACCGAGGAACUGAAGACUCACACAGACCCAGAGCAAACAGAUCAUGGAGAAGAACAAGAUGUUACACACCUUAUAAGCAGCCUGAGCUUAUUGACUGAGAAAGUUGACUGUGGUGGGCUUGGCCAGCUGUCUUUGGCCUGUAACUGUGCUGAUGAGCCAUGUGAUGGUGGAAACCGCAAAAGACGCUCAUCACGUAAAUCCUGCAUUGAUGCUGCUGAUGGCAACAUGAAACAGACCUCAACAGUUCCAUUGAAUAACUGGAGUGGACAGCCUGUAAAGAGCAGAUCUAACGACAAAGAUCAGAGUGAUGAUGAUGAACCUCCUGGGAGCAGGCGGGUGAAAGUGAAGAGAGGUCACGAGUUAGAUGCCGAGGAGCUUGCGGAAAUGCCAACUGAGGAGGCGUGGGAUGCUCUCGGUCUGAGGCGCGGCCCACAGCCCAAGUUUGACAGCGUUGUGAAGCUGAAAGCAGGCCAGGGUCCUAACAGAAGCCGGAGGAGUGAGGAGAACUGGAGGCCCUCAGAGGCAAGAAAACAAGCAGCCUGCAAGAUCAACAAGCACAUUUUCUUUACUGAUGAUGGACCUCAAACCACAAAGCCAAUGAGCUGCAAAACCCUUCAGAAAGUCCAGAAUUUCCUUCAGCAGGUUCAGACUGAUGCUAACUCUGAGGAGAUGACCCCAACCUCCAUGCCCAAAGCUUUGACUGUGCCAUGUGAUAGAACAGAGGAUGGAGGUCUACCUAAGCAAAAGGCAGAUGACAGCAAGGAUGAGACAGAUGAUGAGAUUGAUGAGAAGACUCCUCAGCUGUGCAGAAGUGAGGAACAUCUGGAGAACAUACAGCAGGCUUUAACAGCAGAACCAGAGGAAAGUCAGGAGAAGGAUUCAGAUACCGGAGGAGAGCUGCAGACCUUGGACGUACCAGACUUCCUGUUCCCUGAUGCUCCUGAAGAUGCUGAGGGAGCAAAGAUUGUGCAGGUUGUUAAAAAGAAAAAGAGAAGGACCAGGAUAAGGAGAAAGGAUGUUGAGAUGCCUCCUGAGAUUGCAGCAGAACCUGAGCUAGCCAAGUACUGGGCCCAGCGGUACCGUCUAUUUUCCAGGUUCGAUGAAGGCAUCAAACUUGACCAUGAGGGCUGGUUCUCAGUGACUCCUGAGAAGAUAGCACAGCACAUCGCUCUGAGGGUGCAGGACAGCUUCAGCACUGAGCUCAUUAUCGAUGCCUUCUGUGGUGUGGGCGGCAAUGCCAUUCAGUUUGCCCUCACUGGCAAAAGAGUGAUUGCUAUUGACAUUGAUGCAGUACGCCUGGCUCUGGCUCAGCAUAAUGCAGAGGUCUACGGAGUGGCAGACCGGAUCGAGUUCCUACACGGAGACUUCAUGCAGCUGGCUCCGCGCCUGCGGGGAGACAUCGUCUUUCUCAGUCCCCCAUGGGGAGGACCAGAGUACCUCAGUGCCGACGUCUUCAACAUCAAAACUAUGAUGAAUCCUGAUGGAUUUGAAAUUUUCAGGUUGUCAAAAAUGAUUUCAGACAACAUUGUCUAUUUUCUCCCUCGAAAUGCUGAUAUGGAACAGAUCGCGUCUCUCGCUGGCCCAGGUGGGAAGGUGGAAGUGGAGCAGAACUUUCUGAACAACAAACUGAAAACAAUUACUGCAUACUUUGGCAAUUUAAUUAAGUAAAAAAAGGUCAAACGUAUUCUUAUUUUGUUUUUAUUUGAUUUUUUUUUUUUUUUUACAUUUUACGUAUAAUCAUUUGUUAUAUGUACGUUGUUGUUCACUGUUUUAUAAUUGUUGUUGAUGAGAUUAAUUUUACUGACCUAUGUGUACUGUGAUGCUGCUAGUUUCAUGA